AAACACAAGGAUCUCAUGGCCAUUUUGCCGGAAACGAUGUCAGCUGUACUGAAUGGCGACUACGACCACCAUAUUGAUCACUUGACCGUCAUUGACUGUAGAUACCCGUACGAGUUUGAAGGAGGCCAUAUCCGGGGCGCCAUUAAUCUCUACACAAAGGACUCCAUCCGGAACUUCCUGAACGAGACAAUGACCUCAUCAGAAAAGAAUCACGUGAUCGUUUUUCACUGCGAGUUCUCAUCAGAACGAGGCCCAAAGAUGUACCGCCAUCUUAGAUCGCUGGAUCGUGAAUCGAACAAGGAUUCUUACCCACAACUGAACUUCCCAGAGGUUUACCUCUUGGAAGGCGGAUACAAGGAGUUUUAUCACCAGUUCCAGGACCAGUGCUUUCCCCAAAUCUAUGUUCCCAUGUUGCACCAGGAGCACGUGGACGACUUACGUCACUUCCGUGUCAAGUCCAAGUCGUGGGCGGCAGGCGACAAACCACGUCACAGAUCACGUUUAAGUAAAUCUGCUGGAAGUUCUCUCAGACUUACCUUCUGA